AUGCCCGAGGGUGUGCCCAUGAUUGGCCUGCGACCGGGAGGCGUGCCGGUAAUCAACGCGCCUGUCCGUGCUGAUGGCAUGGCCAGCGAGCAUGUGCUCUCGCCAUUGGUGCCGUCGGUCUCGCAGCUCGAGCUCAAUCGUCGCGCACGAUCGCGGCGCAACUCGCUCGCCGACGAGCCGUUGUUCCCGGUCAAGCCGAUCCACGUCCUUGCGGUGGAGGGCGAUUUAGAGGGCAUGCGCCACGCCGCACGACGCCACGCCACUGGGGCUGGCGCGCGGGUCUCGCGCUCGGGUUCGGGUCGCAACUCCCUCAAUCUCAUGCACCAACGGGUGGUCCGCCAGCGACUCGCUGUCGAGUCCGAGUCGGGCGCCGACUUGUCCGACGACUCGGAGCUCUCUGUCUCGGACGACUGCAAGAAGCCGCUCCGCGACGUCGCUGACGACGACGGGUGGAACGCGCUGCACUGGGCAGCCUCUGCCGGUCAGGAUGACAUGGUCCGCAUGCUGGUCAAAGAGUUUGGCUUUGAUGUCAACUCUCGCGAUUUGGAAGGCUGCACUCCUCUCCACUGGGCCGCUGACAAAGGCCACAAGCGCACCAUCCUGGUCCUCUGCUCUGAGCUCGGUGCUGAUGUCAAUGCUGUCGACAACUACGGCCAGACGCCACUCUACGACGCCUCCUCGCGCGUCCAGAACGAUGUUAUCACGCUGCUUAUUUCCGAGCUCGAGGCCUCGCCACACAUAGCAUCGAACACUGGCAAGAAGCCCAUCGAUGUGUACAACGAGAUGAUCCGUUCGCAGGCGAUCGCCGGCGAUCCCGACCUUGUCACGCGGACGAGGCGGGCGCCGGCUCCGCGGCUCCGGCGGCCGCCGCGGCUCCAACGCCUCGUCGCGCCGCGGCAGUGA